AUGAACUUCAAAACUGACGGGGUCUUCAUCGAUUCUUCUUCCUCAUCUUCUUCUUCUUCUUCUGAACCCCUUGCAACUCUUGGAGAACAAGUUUUGGCUAAGGACCUGCUCGGUGGAAUAUACGCCGAUGAUCCUUACAACCUGCCUCCAAAGGGCCCUGCUGACCUAAGCCUACCUGCGGUGUACCACACUGCAGAAAAUGCCUUCAAAACAGACCGUAUUACGCCAGUACCUACCAUCUUCCUCACAAAGCUCUUCUCUUCCUCAUUCAUAUCUUCGCCACAAAGUAUCUCCAGCCUCCAUGACGUAAUCUCAAAGCGCCCAAUUGAUUAUAUGAGAGUGAAUACUUCAUAUGAAUCUCCACCACCCACCGCCCCCCAAUCUCCCGUUCCAGUGACAACAGCCCCUCCCCUCAAUCUGGAUCCCUCUGACAACAGCCUUACCCUGGAUUCCCCUGACAACAAACCUGCACACCUACCCCUCCCGCAUCCGGGUCCCCCUGCCAGCCACGCCCCCCUCCAUCUCUGGAUACUCCUGACAACCACCCACACUCUUGACACUCCUGACAACUCCUGCCUCACUCCAAUCCCCUUGACAGCUCCCCCCAACUCUGUAAAACCCCCUGAUCCCUCAACCCCACCCUGGUGA